AUGUCCGGAAUGGGCAGCAGAGGGAUGAUGGCCAACUGCCGGCGGUCGUGUCACUCGUGCCAAGGAGGCGAUAAAGCAUGGAAACUGCGUACACACAUUCAAGCCAACUAUCAGAACACCACUGACAAUAUAACGAGGAUCGUCAGAGUGGAGAGCGUUCGCAUCAACAAUGUCGAAAUCGAUGAGAAGAAACAGAAUGUUAAAGCUUUUGGACGAAUGGUUCUUAGCUGGAAUGACACAAAUAUUGCUUGGGACAAGAAUCAAUGGGGUCUCAGUUGGCUAAACUUCUACUGGAUACAGAUCUGGACACCACAAAUUGUACAAUUAAAUGGUGGUUCGACGUCAAAUCCAGGACAAGUGACAAGCAAGGUGUUGGCUGCUAACUACACGGGUCAAGUCUACCUCUGGGCGGAUUUCUCCUUCUCAACUCCCUUCAAAUUCCAGUAUGAAGAUUACCCCAAUGACAUGCAAAAAGUCUGCUUCAAAUUUGACGACAAGCGACUUCUUGCAGUUCAUUUCACUGUCUCUGAUGGAGUUAGGAACAAAGAACGAGAAGCUACAACCGAUCCAUUUGUGUCCGGAUGGAAGAUCGUUGACGUUGAUGUGAACGUGAGCGCAUUUUUAACCCUAGCACGGGGAAAAAACUUGCAGUAAAA